GUGUAUAACUUCAUAUCGAACGAAGCAGCAACGGAAUAAGCGAAAGCAAAAUUUCUGAAUUUAUAAAUGGAAAAAGUCUAGGCCUUUUGGCAAAUAAAAGUGAAAAUAUAUUACAAAACACAAAAUUUCUGUAAAUCCGUUGUUAAAUUUAUAACAGAAAGUGCAAUAACGUCUCGCCCAAAAAGUUCACAGUGCAAAAAAAGAAGUAAAAAUUGCUAUACAAGAAAGUGUGAAGAAAUAGACGUGAGAAGUAGAAAAUAACCAACAACCCAGGGUGUAAAAAGUGAAAAUACACAUUUCCAAUUGGAAACAUUUGUGAUUUAUAAAUCUCCGCAUAUCUUUAGAAACGCAUACUAAAACAGCGUAAAAAAUGGGUAAUGAAACCUCUUUGCCCAUGGAGAUGUGCUCCAACUUUGAUGCUGAUGAGAUCAGACGUUUAGGCAAACGUUUCCGCAAACUCGACUUGGAUAAUUCGGGAGCACUGAGCGUAGAUGAAUUCAUGUCCUUGCCGGAAUUACAACAAAAUCCUUUGGUGCAGCGUGUCAUCGAUAUUUUUGAUGCGGACGGUAAUGGCGAAGUCGAUUUCAAAGAGUUCAUACAAGGUGUAUCACAGUUUAGUGUUAAAGGCGACAAACUAUCAAAAUUGCGUUUCGCCUUCCGCAUCUACGACAUGGAUAAUGAUGGUUACAUAUCGAAUGGUGAACUUUUUCAAGUGUUAAAAAUGAUGGUGGGCAAUAAUCUGAAAGACACACAAUUACAGCAAAUUGUUGAUAAAACUAUUUGCUUUGCCGACAAAGAUGAGGAUGGUAAAAUCUCCUUCGACGAAUUUUGCUCCGUGGUCGGUAACACAGAUAUACACAAAAAAAUGGUUGUUGAUGUUUAAGGUCGCUUUCUGAGAACACUAUUAAUGCUACACUUUAUAUAAUACCAAUAUAUUUUAUAUGAAUUUAAACAUUUGUACUUUGAAAACUAUUUUAAAUUGUUCUUAUUAUUAUUUGUUUUGUUAAAUCUCGAAAUAAUUGUACACACAUUUUUUAAGCAAACUAGUAUUUUUUAAAUAGUUAUGUUGAAUACUUUUUUAAAGUUUCUUAAAGAAUAUUAGCGUGUUUAUAUAAAAUGUUUGCGCGCAUAUACCAAACAUUAAGCUUUGUUAACAACAACAAAAACUGUUAAUAAAUAUAGCAAUGAAGGCAUUGAAAAGAGCACCAUAUGCAUA